AUGUCAAAUUAUUCAAAAGAUACUAUUAACAUUAUUGAGAAAGGCAGAAUUCAGAAUAAGAAACAGAAGUCGCAAUUUCAACCACCACAACGGAAUAACUCACCUCAGAAGGUCAGUGAGAAUCCAGGAUAUGACCUUGAGGAAAAAGGCGGCACAGCAAAACUGUCCAGCUCUAUGCUAAUGGAUAUGAGCAUACGUAGUCGAGACGAGGCUUGCAGUCAAGAGACGAUAAAUGGCGUCCCACCAUUGGCUAUCACUGUGGACAAGGAUCACAUGAACUGGUUGCAGGAACAAGCCAGCAAAGCUGAGGUCAGGGUUCGCAGUAGUGGCCGGCUGAAAUCAUCACUGCACCCAGACGAAGAGCUCCACUCAGUGAGGAGAUACCGCAGCCCAGGGUCUGAUACGGAGACAGACAACCGCAUGGAGAAGCAGAGAAAGGACGAGGAACAGAAGUACCUUGCCUUUGCUAAAGAAGUCACGGAUGAUGUGCUGUCUCGGGGAAUCUCUUCAGACAGUGUUCUAGACAAGGUGUUUGAGAAUCACAUUGUGCGUCGCAAGGAUGACCUGGAUGAGGAUCGCAUGAGAAAAGUUAUCAGUGACCUACGUAAAAACCUUGGUUUUAAAGAUUCCGUCUCUAGGGGACAAGUUUCUUCAUCUGUGUCAGACAGUAACUAUAGUAACAAGUACAAGAGGGAACACACAACUGACAACAGCAGCAGAAACAGGGGCAGUAAUCAUGUGAACUCAGAUCUGGAUGUAAAUUCAACCUUUGAGUCUGUGAACACAUUGAAGUUUGGCCAGACUGGGGAUGUUCUCAGCACCAUCAACUCUGAAGCCAGCCUGGAGAAGAAGGAGAUAGAGAAGAGGCUGCAUGAUGACAAUGAGAUGGCUUUAUCCCAGACACUGAGAGACUACCAGCUCAGCUUAACAGACAAGGAAGACAUAGAUAAUAGUCUUAAAGAUUCUCAGCACAACACUGGUGUACAAGAAAACGCACUGAAGCAUUCAUAUGGACAGUUGAAGCCUGCCAUAAAUGAGAGAAAGAUAUCUAGAGAAGGUGAGCGCAGAGCUGAGGUUUCCAGUAAUCAACAGACAUCCAACAUUGACAAGUCUCUUGGUACUUCCCCCGAGAACAGUCAUGUGACCAAUGAUGAGGAUACAUCUGUUAGCAGUUCCGUGUUGUCUCAGCGACCUGUAGCAAGGCCAAGAGCUAAGGCUCGACAGGGAAGACAUGAGAGGACUCGAGCAGCUGUUGCUGCUGCUGCUGCAGGUGAGGAUGAGGAGGUUACUCAAGGACAGCAAGAUGAUGCCCAGAAUACCACUGCUGGGGGCCUCAAGAACCACAACUCUCCAGUUGCAGGCACACGUGAUACUACUGACUCGGAUGCAACACAGCCAGGAAACGCAGAAGAGUCUGCUUCAGAAACUGCCAAACAGGAGACUGAUCACCAACAGGCAGUUGAAGAGAUGAUGAGUAUGAAGAUGAUUAUGAAGAAAUUAUAG